AGGAAGAAGUGUUGGGGGGAAGAUCUAGAUCUGUUUCUCCGAGGACCCAGACUGUGUUCCGGGUAGACUUGGUGAUCCUUGCCAGCAGGUCAGGGCGGACUUCCUCGCGGGCACACGGGCUGUUAGGCAGGAGUCGCGCGGUGACCAGCAGCGCCGUGCACUGCGGAGAGCAGGGCCGCGCGGCCAUAGCGCUCAGCCGGGACGGCGCUUCGACCCCGUGCGCGCGCGCAGGCGCGCGGUCGCCGCGGCUCACCUGAAGCGCUCAGGUAGGACUUGGGCGGGGCCGGAGGCUGGCGCGCAGGCGCGGGACGGGGGCCUCGCCCCUGCCGACGUCGCCGCAGCAGCUCACCUGGGAAACUCCUAGAGGAAGCGGAGUCUCAGUUCGGCCUCUCCUGGCAACGCAGGAGGCCCAACGGGAAGGCAGGAGGCGGCGGCGGAGGAGGAGCUCCACUAAGCCCGCAACUGUAGCGACAGCAACCGGAGUCGCCAGCCGCCACCUGCACCUGGCGCCCGGCCCACGUCCAAGCGUCCGGCCGCCCUGCCCUGCCCACCUGUCCGAUAACCAACCAAUCCAUCCCAGUUAUGACACUGAAGCUGAGAGGGGUCCUCCGCCUUCAGUUUGCUCUACAAGUAUUGCCAUUUAAAGAAAACUUCUUGCCAGCCAAUCUAUGAUAAAAUAUAUAAAUAACAGAGGAAAUCAUAACUGUUAUAUAUCAAAUAGCAAGCAUUUAAUGUCCGAAUGGCUCACCUAAGGCGAUUAGUAAGAUUGCAUAUUAAAAGACAUUACCAUAAAAAGUUCUGGAGGCUUGGUGCAGUAAUUUUUUUCUUUAUAGUAGUCUUAAUUUUAAUGCAAAGAGAAGUAAGUGUCCAGUAUUCCCAGGAGGAAUCAAGGAUGGAAAGAAACAUAAAAAACAAAAACAAGGUGUUUGACUUAAUGUUAGAAGCUGUAAACAAUAUUAAAGAUGCCAUGCCAAAAAUGCAAAUAGGAGCACCUGUCAGGCAAAACAUUGAUGUCGGCCAGAGACCCUGUCUGCAAGGAUAUUACACAGCAGCAGAGUUGAAACCAGCUCUUGACCGCCCACCUCAGGAUCCAAAUGCCCCUGGUGCUUCUGGCAAACCAUACAAGACAACUAAUUUAAGUGCUGAAGAGCAAAAGGAGAAGGAACGUGGGGAAAGAAAACACUGCUUUAAUGCUUUUGCAAGUGACAGGAUUUCUUUACACCGAGAUCUUGGACCUGACACUCGACCUCCUGAAUGUAUUGAGCAAAAAUUUAAGCGCUGCCCUCCCCUGCCUACCACCAGUGUCAUAAUCGUUUUUCACAAUGAGGCCUGGUCCACACUGCUUAGGACUGUUCACAGCGUACUCUAUUCUUCACCUGCCAUACUGCUGAAGGAAAUCAUUUUGGUGGAUGAUGCUAGUGUAGAUGAGUACUUACAUGAAAAGCUUGAGGAAUAUAUAAAACAAUUUGCCAUAGUCAAAAUAGUCAGACAGAAAGAAAGGAAAGGUCUGAUCACAGCGCGGUUGCUAGGGGCAGCAGUAGCAACAGCUGAAACACUCACAUUCUUAGAUGCCCACUGUGAGUGUUUCUAUGGUUGGUUAGAACCUUUGCUGGCCAGAAUAGCCGAGAACUACACAGCCGUUGUGAGUCCAGAUAUUGCAUCCAUAGAUCUCAACACAUUUGAAUUCAACAAGCCUUCUCCAUAUGGAAGUAACCACAACCGUGGGAACUUUGACUGGAGCCUUUCUUUUGGCUGGGAAUCACUUCCUGAUCAUGAGAAGCAACGAAGGAAAGACGAAACCUAUCCAAUCAAAACACCCACUUUUGCAGGAGGACUUUUUUCCAUAUCAAAAGAAUAUUUUGAACAUAUUGGAAGUUACGAUGAAGAAAUGGAAAUCUGGGGAGGUGAAAACAUAGAAAUGUCAUUCAGAGUGUGGCAGUGUGGUGGGCAGUUGGAGAUUAUGCCUUGCUCUGUUGUUGGACAUGUUUUUCGCAGCAAAAGCCCUCAUACCUUUCCAAAAGGCACUCAGGUGAUCGCUCGCAACCAAGUUCGCCUUGCAGAAGUCUGGAUGGAUGACUACAAGGAAAUAUUUUAUAGGAGAAACACAGAUGCAGCAAAAAUUGUUAAACAAAAAUCAUUUGGUGACCUUUCAAAAAGAUUUGAAAUUAAAAAGCGCCUUCAAUGUAAAAAUUUUACAUGGUAUCUGCACACUGUUUACCCAGAAGUGUAUGUGCCAGACCUAAAUCCUGUUAUUUCUGGAUAUAUAAAAAGUGUUGGUCAGCCUCUCUGUCUGGAUGUUGGAGAAAACAAUCAAGGAGGCAAGCCACUGAUUUUGUAUGCAUGCCAUGGACUUGGGGGAAACCAAUACUUUGAAUACUCUGCUCACCGUGAAAUCCGGCACAACAUCCAGAAAGAAUUAUGUCUCCAUGCUGCUCCAGGUGCUCUGCAGCUGAAGCCAUGUGCUUAUAAGGGUCAAAAGACGAUUGUUGCCGAAGAACAGAUAUGGGACAUCCAGAAGGAUCAACUUCUGUAUAAUCCUGCCUUACAACUGUGCCUUUCAGCGAAUGGAGAGCACCCGAACUUGGUGUCAUGCAAUCCUGCAGACCUACUCCAAAAAUGGAUUUUUAGCCAAAACAAUUAAGUGUUCCUUAAAGUUAAGGAGUCUGAAAAGGAGAUAUUGUUUCUCAUAAAACUGUGACUAGGCAUACACUGUAGUUUCCAAAAUUAUGCAAAAGCAGCUAAUUGUAACUUAUUCCAAGUGCAUUUUUCUUAUUUAUAUCUUAAAAUGUCUGUGUAGCACUAUGUGGCACUGCUACAGAAAUCAUAGACAUUGCUGUCUCAAAGCACAAUAACUAGUGUACCAAAGAUGAUUCCAAAAGGUCCAGAUGUCAGAGAAGAAAUGUUUACAGUGUGAUGAAAAUAAUUUUCCUAGUAAGGUGAUGUCUGUGUGUUUUGUAAUACAAUUGAUAUACAUAGUGACAUUCACAUGCUCAUAAUUUAAAAUAGCUCCCUUAGGUUUUUUGUGGGGGGAGGGGAAAGGGAGGAGAAAGAUUUGAUACUGUAUUUUUUUAACUACAGAGAAGUGUAUCGAUAAAGGUCAAACUUUGGCCUUUGUGCACAAACCAGGAACUUUUUAUAGACUUAGAGUUUAUUAUUUUUAAAUGCAGGUAAACUUCUUCUUUGUCUUCAUUUAUUUGUCUGUCAAAAAUGUUCUUGAAGCAUGAAGUUGAAGAAGAAGAGUAAUAUUUUUAACACUUAAAUUUAUUGACAAAUUUUAAAAUACUUUUUAGUCUGAAGCCCACUUUACUGGAUGUCCUUCAGUCUUCCCCUGAAUGGCCUUUUCUAAGUGACUUUCCUAUUUUUUUCCCAGAGUGAUUAAAAAGAAACAAUUUACAAAUUAUUAUCUAUUAAUAGGGGUCCUUUUCUUUCCUAAUAGUCUUGUUUCUCUUACCAAAAUUCACUAAUCUUGAGUGCUUGUGAUAUUGAAUUUACAAAUGCAGAAUACUUGACUUGAUGCUAAAUUUUAUUUGUUACUGAUUAUCUUUGCCAUGGAUUUUUCUCAUCAGAAAGGCCUUAUUUUUACCUAUGUGGAAAACUCAAUAAAAGAAUCCUAAACAACUUA